AUGGCCACCCUCGCAAAGACCAUCAUCGCCACCGGCGUCUCCUCCGGCCUGGGCUUCGAGGCCGUCAAGCAGCUCCUCGAGCAGUCCCAGCCCUACAGGAUCGUCCUCGGCGCGCGCGACACCGCCGCCACCACCGCCGCCUUUGACCGCCUCAAGUUCGACCGCGCCGCCAACCCGCUCACCGUCCUGCCCCUCGACCUCGCCGACCUGCGCGCGGUCAAGUCCUUUGCCAGCCAGGCCCUCGAAAAGGUCGACGCCAUCGACUACCUCCUGCUCAACGCGGGCAUGAUUAAGAGCGCCGAGGGGCCCGGCCCGCACGGCUCGCGCUGGUGCGAGGCUGCUGUUGUCAACCACUUUUCCCAACACUAUCUGCUUCAUCUGCUUCGCGACAGGCUCGUUCAAUCGCGCUCGCGCAUCGUCGUCGUCUCGUCGGGCGCCGUGCGCAACGUCCCCGACCCGAGCAAGCUGGAAAAGGACCUCGCCGCCGGCUCGAGCGCGCACUUCCAGACCAUCUACUGCGACAGCAAGUUCACCCAGCUCCUCGGCGCGCACUGGUGGCGCCGCCAGCUCCAGGGCCAGUGCCGCGUCGUCGCCGUCUCGCCGGGCCUCAUCCCCAACACGGGCCUCGGGCGCUCCACCGACUUUAAGCUGUCCAUGCAGAUGCCCGACGCCAAGACGGUCCCCGAAGGCGCUGCAAGCAUUCUCGCGGCUCUCACGCGAAAUGACUUCCCGGAAGACCCCGAACGCAUCUUCCUGACGAGCUGGGGCGAGUGGUGGAACAAGGACGUGUACGGAAACAGCCUCGACAAGGCGCUGCAGGACAAGUGGUCGCCGAGCAAGGAGGAGAUGGAAAAGGAGGCAGGCAUCGCUUCAUAA